AUGGUUAAUCAUUCAGCCAUCCACGUGUAUAAUACCACUUCUUCAACAGAAUGUCCAAAAACCUAUCAACAAAAUUCUACAUAUAUUUACAAAGAGGGAUCUUACGUAUGGACACAACCCACUCAAGGAAUAAUACUAGGAAGUUAUUUCUAUGGUUUCGUGGUAACUCAGCUUGCAGGAGGAUCCAUUACAUUUUCACUUGGACCAAAGAAAACUGUCAUAAUUUUUUCCUGUUUAUCUUCAAUACUGAUCAUUUUGACACCCUUUUGUGCAGAUGUCGGUGUGUCAGUUAUAUCAUUAUGUCAAGCCAUUGUCGGAUUAGCACAAGGACUUGUACUUCACGGAUCUUUUACACUACUAGGAAGAUGGAGUCCAAAGAACGAAAAGUCAAUAUUAUCCUCAAUUUCUUAUUCUGGUACUCAAGUCGGUACAUUUGUUGGUUUAAUGACAACAGGAUAUCUUUGUGAACAUAAAGGAUGGUCUUCCAGCUUUUACUCUUUCGGCGUAUGUGGGAUUGUCCUUCCUUUAUGUCUUACGUUCACAAUUUACGAUAGACCUCAACAACAUCCCAGAAUAUCUGACAAAGAAUUGACAUUUCUUAACGAAAGCGUACCAAACAUCUCCUCAAGAGAAAAUAAGUUGAAUAUACCCUGGAAACAAAUUUUAACAUCCAGAGCAGUGUGGAUAGUAGCUUUGACGAAACUUUGUUGGGGUUUCGGUCAUCAUACAAUAUUGACUAAAUUUCCAUCAUACUUACAUAUCAUUCAGCACUUCUCUAUCCAAAAGGGAUCUUACGUAUGGACACAACCCACUCAAGGAAUAAUACUAGGAAGUUAUUUCUAUGGUUUCGUGGUAACUCAGCUUGCAGGAGGAUCCAUUACAUUUUCACUUGGACCAAAGAAAACUGUCAUAAUUUUUUCCUGUUUAUCUUCAAUACUGAUCAUUUUGACACCCUUUUGUGCAGAUGUCGGCGUGUCAGUUAUAUCAUUAUGUCAAGCCAUUGUCGGAUUAGCNUAA